AUGUCAUUGGUAUACUUGGGUGUGGAUGGGGAUCCUUUCUACCGCACUACGUUCCAGUCCAAGUCUGGUAUUUGGCCAGAGGGGAACUGCAAUGGACUCUUUGAGAAAUAUGAUUUUGGCCCCAACAUUCUUCGAAGCUCCAUGACUUUAUGCGGCUGGUUUACCUCACUUUGGACCCUGCAGGAACUGUGUCUACGGCCCGACAUGUGGCUUUACAAUGAAAACUGGGAGCUAUUGACGGUUGGAGCUGAGCGCAAACCGGUUCCGAUAAACACACUCAUUGCUCUGACACACGCAUGCUCACCAACUCGUCAAGAGAGAUUUUCUAUGUUGGAUAGUAAGACAGACUUCCAAGGGACUUCCAAGCCGUCAUUUGACACUUCAAGCACGAUUACAGGGCCUCAUAAAAUGUUUGGCGCUUUGAUCAGUCACGACUUCUUUCAUCCAGACUAUUUGGAACUGUUCAAACUUUUAAAUCGGACAGGUCUCGACCACUUGCAAGCUAUGCAGCGAGAAAUGAUCAUGGGUCUCGGCUCGAGGAGAUACUGUAAAAUGCGAGGUGCUGAGGCCAUCAUGUCCGUACUUGGAGUUAAGAACUGGUUUGUGGCAACAAAAACUGCCCCUGGCGAUGGUGAAGGGGACCUGGUUCUCGGACAAUAUCCUCUCGCGUUUGUUCGCGAGACAGCCUCGGCUAUGGGAGCAGGCUUCUUUAACUCGUUGAGCUUCAGCACAGCCAAACUAGCUGACAUCGCGAAUGGACCACCUCCAUCUUAUCGAGGGUCUCUGAUGCCAUUCAACUCCAGCGCUAGCGACGCGACUCUCACACAUCCCGAGCAAGAAGUUGGUCCAAAUGGACAGUUUGUUGAAGAAGAAGAGCACCCAUCUGUGGCGUGUUGCGCUAUCACCCAAGAAGGGUCAGUCCAAAUAUCCAGCAACACUACGGGAGGGUAUCCGGUGUUCAAUCUGGGUAACGCAUGA